GUGAACUCAAAAAACACGCACAAAUUAGGGCUUUUCAGCUUUCCAAUUAAUCCACAAAUUAAAUCAAAAUCGAUGGCGAAAAUUCACCCGAAUCCAUCGGCAAACACUUGUUCAUCUUCAUCGGAGAAGGAGACGUUCACGAUUUGGAUGAAAUCACUCGUUUGCCAUGGAAAUGGCUGCACCGUCUUCGAUUCCGACGGAAACGUCGCUUUCCGAGUCGAUAAUUAUCAACAGAGAUGCAGCAGCAAGGCCUUUCUCAUGGACUCCACCGGCAAUAUCCUCUUCUCUUUAAACAGAAAGAAAUUGGGGUUUGGAAGUUGGGAGGGAUUCAAAUGGAUCGAUUCAGUCGUGAGAAUGGAGAAACCGUACAUUCGAGUAAGGCGAAAUGGCGGAAUUUUGAGAAAGGAUAAUUCGUGCCAGGUUUCAGUGGGAUGUGAUGAAAGCAGUUACACAAUCACAGGAUUUGAAGGGAAAUCAAAUCUGAAGAUCACAGACUUUUCCGGCCAGAUUUUGGCUGAGGCGACACGAAAGCAAUCAGCAGAAGGGGUUGUUUUGGGAGAAGAUGUGUUGAGAUUAACUGUGGAGGCGCGUGCAGACCAAUCGCUUGUGAUGGCACUUGUAACACUCUACGGCUUGAUUAGUGGAAAACUGUGACUAUUAAUUAAUUAAUUAAUUAAGGGAUGUAAAUAGGAGAUGAGUUUGAUUGGAUAUAAUCAAUCCAUACACUGUGUUAAGUGUAAACUCUUAGGUAGAAAAUGAUAGUUGAAAAAUGAUCUUUACCAGCAAUAUUUUCAUAGUGCGAAUAGGGACUCAAUUUUGUACUAGUAUAUGUUUUGAUAGUUUAGUUCUGUUAUGUCUUUGAACAAGUUAA